UGAAACUGUCAAGAUAUGUUUAAGUGUAAAUAGCUUAAUUACAGUUAUUAUCAUUUGCGGCAUUUAUUUAAUUGAUAAGAUAAAAAAUGUUGUUUUUAAUAUUAUAACGCUUGCAUAUGAAGAAUAUCAGCCCACAGCAAAGUGAACAUGUUUGUAAUUGAAGGAAAAGUUGCUCUAAUAACCGGCGCCUCUUCGGGAAUUGGUGCUGCAAUAGCCAAAGGACUUUUGCAAGCUGGGGCAAAAGGUACCUCUAUUUUAGAUAUAAAUGAAAGUUUAGGUUUGCAAGUAACAGAAGAACUCAACAAGGAGUUUGGCAAGGGGAAGGCUGUGUUCGUCAAAACGGACGUUUCUGACAGGAGACAGUUUGAAGAUGCGUUUAAGAAAACAGUGGACGUAUUUAACCAACUAGACAUUGUGGUCAACAAUGCCGCAGUUAUAGACGAGAAAAACUGGGAGAAGAACAUAGCUAUUAAUUUGAUUGGUUUUGUAAACGGGACAAUUUUGGGAUACGAACACUUCCUCCCCAAGUAUAAAAGUUCAGAUGAAGGAGUAAUCAUCAACAUUGCUUCUAUGGCUGGAUUGUACCCCUACCCUCCCCUUCCCAUAUAUUCAACCGCAAAGUCAGGCAUAAUUGGGCUAACUCGUAGCUUAGGCUUCCAAAAACAUUACCAACGUACACAAAUUAAAGUAAUCGCUGUAUGUCCCGGCUCUACCAGUACGAACAACCGGCGUAUAAAGGAAGAAGAUCUAUUAGGGAACGCGUAUUAUAAGAUACAAGAGGAAAUACUCAAACUCACACCACCUCCUCAGGCCGCGGCGACUGUGUCCAAGGCAGUGGUGGAUAUUACAAAGGGGGGUUCUAGUGGAUCUGUCUGGAUCGUCGAUCAAAACCAACCGCCCUACGAAGUUAGUUUUUUACGUAAAAAUCGAAGUAAACUGUAGAACUUUUCAGGGAAUAAAAGUAUUUGUGCUAAA